UUGCACGCGCUGACCAUUCGCAGAAGAAAAACAGCUGAGCAAUGGCGAUGACACGUCUAGUCCUCGCUGCACUUGUAAUUCUUGGCUGUGCUCUCUUGAAUGGGAUCAGCGUUGACGCGGGACACGCUUCGCUGUCGCCUUCGCAGGACGCCUCCGAUCAGAGCGUAGUUCAAAUGCCUGCGGCCACUUUCCCAGAGGAGCAGCGUGGAAGCUACGAGCUUGACUACCAGAAGGUAGAACGACUCGUGAAACGUAGGAAGAAGCCAACUCAGUGCCAAGGUGACAGAAUCUUAGAGGAAGUUCGCGAAGUCAGCUGUCAGCUGCGGACUACGUUGGUGGAGGUUCCCAGAGCUGUGCACUUGUACCCCUACCCCGAGUACGUGGAGGUGGAACGCUGCAAGGGACACUGCCACGGGCCUGUUGAUUGUCAUCCUACAGGUUACGAAAAUAAAACGAUAGAGGUGAUCAUGUUUGACGUCAACAGAUCCAUACCUCCCAUCUGCGCAGCAGUCGAGGUCGAGCAGCACUCCCAAUGUGCGUGUCAAUGCACAACAAAGAAAGAACAUUGCUUCAAUAAUCAGUACUACGACCCGCAGAUGUGCAAGUGCAGGUGCUUCACCGAGGUGGAGAGAUUUCACUGUGAAUCUUCCGACUUGCACCUAUGGGAUUACAACUUGUGCAAAUGCGAAUGUAGAGACUUCUACAGGUGCAACUAUAUGGGUUACUUUUACGACGUCAGGCAGUGCAAGUGCAGAAGUAUCUUCGCCUACAAUCCAGACUCAACUCCUGCUCCAAAUCCGCAUGGCAAAUAAAGGCAGGCCGCAUAAACCGCA